UGAGUGCGAUAGCAUUUAGCUAAAGUCCAGCGGCCGACAGGAUUUCCCAGCUGAUUUCGUUACCCUGACAACCAACGAAAAAUACAAUAGGCGAAGUACAACAUUAAGUCGCAAAACAAGCGAAACACUCAGGAGAAAAAGAAACCUAGUUCCAAAUGGCGUAUUCAGUGUCGCCACAUCGGGCGAAUCUGGUGCUCCAGAUGCUGCUCCAGGCCAAUACCUAUGUGUCCAUGGUGUGGGCCAUGAGCUACAUUGUCCAUAUGCUCAUCCGCUUUAAUCACUUGUGGAACUUGGAGGGCCUGUCCAUGCUGGUAGCCUACAUCCUGGCCGUGUCCGCCGAAUCCGUACGCUUGUGGGCCGGCUACUCCGUCAACCUGUGCUCUGGGGCUACCGCCAUGUGGUUGCUGCUCACGGUAACGCCCUGCAUCCUGCUGCCCGCUAUGGUAUUCCUGCGCCUUUCCACCGCCGGACGCAGUCUAUGGCUUCGCAUUAUCACGAAUGCCGUGUUUGGAAUGAUAGCCCUGGAGGUAAUCGUAUCCCUGGUCCACUUUGUGAUCUGUAAGCCAGCUCAGAAGAUGCCGAUCUCCCUAGAACUGGAGGAGGAGGUGCUGCCGGAAGAGCACCUAUCCGCCGUAGGAUCGCCCACCUCCAGCGAACUAAAACGCCGCGUGCGACGCUCCCCGGAAUCGAAGUGAAGUGGA